AUGGUGCCUCUAUUUGUCCGUCUUUCCGCGGAAAAGGCUUCAUUUUGCUCUAAGCUCCUCCGAGUUGAUGGAAUAGGCGGUCUCCUUUUCAUUGGUGGCAUGACGAGCUUUCUCAUUGGCAUCUCCUGGGCCGGUGUCCAGUUCACAUGGUCCUCCGCAGCUACCAUUGCUCCCAUCAUUGUUGGCGCUGUAGCAGUAUCCGCCUGCCUGUUCUGGGAGAAAUACGGCGCAACAGAGCCUUUCUUCCGCCCUUCUCUUUUCUACUCCUGGUCCGCGGUGGCCGUCUACUUCGGAGCCUUCUGCCAAGGAUUCCUCCUCUUCUGCGGGCUAUACUACGUCCCGUUUUACUUCAUCUCAGUCCGCUUUGUUACGCCCACUCAGUCAGGUCUCAACCUCUUUCCUGUAACCUGCCUCCUUCUUCCGGGCUCUAUUGUCGUGUCCGUGCUGACCUCACGGCUUGGCCGCUUCCGCUGGGCGAUCUGGUCAGGCUGGGCUCUUGCGACGGUAGGAUGCGGCUUGCUUGUCUUGUUGGACGAGAAUACGACGACCGCAUUGUGGGCCAUCUACUUCGCCAUUUUCGGCAUCGGAAAUGGCAUGAUACUCACGAGCGUCAACGUCGGUACCCAGGCCAUCAGCCGCAUCGAAGACUGCGGUCGAGCUGCAUGUAUGUACGCCUUUAUGCGCACGCUAGGAAUGAGCGUUGGCGUCGCGGUCGGAGGCACUGCAUUCCAGAAUGUCAUGGUCAAUCGAUUGCGCGAGCUCGGGCUGCCUGAGACUAUUGCUCAGAAUGCCGAAGCAUUUGCAACCGAGUUGGCUGGCAUGGCCUCUUGGGAUCCGGUACGGCUUGGAGCUUUGUCCGCUUACGUGAAAGGGUUCCAGGGCGUGUUCUGGGUAAUGACGGCAACGGCUGCUUCUGGAUUCAUCACUAGCUUGGUGAUUCGCAAGCAUAGUAUGGACAAAACGCUUGAGUCUAGGUUUACGCUGGAGGGGACACGAAACAGGAAGUCAGAGGUCCCGUCGGUUGGGAGCUACGUGAGUGAAGUGGUUUGA